AUGUAUUUUGUUAUGAAGGAACCAGACCAUGUUAAUGAAAAAGAUUGUGUUGGUGAUAAGCAUGUUGGAAAUUUGGAAUCUGAAUUUGUUGCUGUAAAGCUUUUUAGUGGGAAAGGAGUUGGUAAUCAGGCACUUGUGAAGGUUGCUGAUAAGAGUAAGAUUGCUGAAGAUGGGGUUGGACAUGUUCUAUCCAAUACGGGUGCUGAAAAGGUUAUUUGUGGUGUUGAAGAAGUUACAAAUAUGGGAUUGGGAAAUUGCCUUCUGAAACCUUUGUUGACAAGGUUGUUUGUGAUAUAUAUUUACCUUUUUUUACAGGGAGAUGGUCAGACUAUUCCUAUAUGUGUUGAUGAUGCUUUAAUUAAAUCAAAAGAUUGUGAAAGUGAUGCUGAGAAGGAUUUUUGUGGUGAUAAAGUGGUGGGAAAUCCUGAGUUAGCGGAAGAUAUUGAUGGUUUUGGUUUUGUUAUCACUUCUGAAAUGUUUGAUGAAUGUCUAAAGGUUGUUGAUGAGAAGAUUCGCUCUGAUGCAUUUGCAGCAGCACAAAAGGCUAAAGUUAAGGAUGCAUCAGUUAAUAAAAGACAUGGUUGUCCAAAACCUCUUGGUUGGGAAGUUGGAAAAUUGUCUCCUAUCCAGGAGCAUGUUGUUGUAUCUACUCCGUCGCUUGAUGCAAUUACUGACGGGUUGCCUCCAACACAGCCUGAGGAUGUGGAUCCAACAAUGUCAGACCCUCUUGUUAUGCCUCACUUUUACAACAAUGAAAUGGCUGUUGAUCCGUUAGUUUCAGAUCCUGAUGUGAAUCCUCAUGUCGUCAGCUUUCGGACGGUUAGAGUUUUUCAAUCGAGCGAUUCCGAUGCUACAAUUACAAUGUUGACUUGUGACGUCUCUGGUGAUCUUAUCAAUGACAACAUAAAUCAAGAUGUUCCAACGGAUAAGGUUGAUGCCAUUGUCAAAAAAAUUGAUAAGAUUCCAAGUGUUAGCAAGACUAAGGUGUUGUCCCGAAGGAAGAAAAAGGUUACUGGUACAUGUCCAUUUGAAGAUGACUUUUGGCUGGAAUAUGAUAUUAAUGCAACUGAUUUUCAUAAGUGGUUGUUAACUGGGUUGUUGGCUUGUCCUAAGAAUUCCGAUGCUGGAUUGUCAUAUUAUCAUUAUACAUCAGCUGUUCUUAAACCUUUCUUCGACUUCAAUGUUGUCAAUGUGGAAUAUAAAGACUGGUUUUACAAGUUGGACAGAUCCCUUGUGAUUGAUGCUGUUGUUGGCGAGGCAGUGAUUUGUUAUAGGAUUAUGUUUUCUAGAUUUCUAAAUUUGAUUUGUGCCUCCAAAGAUAAAGAUUCAGUGGGGACUUUAGGUCCUUAUGUGGGAUUUGGUGGUGGUGAUCCGCUUUCUAUCUCUAUGGUUGAUGGGCUUCCACUUCAAGAGGAGGAAGGUGAUUGUGGUGUAUUUGUUGCUUGCUAUGCCGAGAGUUUUAUAAGAGGUAUGCGUGUGCCUCCGGUGCCUUUUGAUGUGGGGUUGCAUAGGAAGAGAUAUGCUUUUUCGUUGUACAAGCAUGGAAGGAAGAAGUUAUUGUCUGGUUAUAAAAGCGAAGAUGCACCUGUUGGAUCGUAG